AUGACUGACCCCCAAUCCAAGAAGGCCAAGAUGUUGGAUAAGUCUACACAACCCGAGGAAAUCCCAAGUCUCAAGGCUAACCUUGCAGUUGUUUUCUCUGCGCUUAAAUUCUCGCCUUUCACCCUUGAGCCGACGGAUGAAGCUUUUGCUACAGAAUUGACUACAAGAUACCAAAUAUAUGAUGCAGCUUUCAAUGGCCAAUUACACCCUAGUAAUACUGCCCCCCUCAUAUGCUACAUCGAUGGACAGACUCUGCGAAUCAACCGCAUCCUUGUGGACGCAGCGCCCUCUGGGGCAGGCGCCCGUUAUCAAAAAGGCAUCGCGGAUGUCAUAAUCGCUCUGUACCAGCUUCGCGCUAAAUUUGUGAAGCUGAAGAGCCUCCAGUAG